AUGGCACCCCUACUUUCACGGACUCUCGAUCCUCUUCUUGGCAUCUUUACUGGUGUAUUUGCCUACUACUUGUACGAGAGCAACCCUCGCACGGCCCUUCCGGAAGACCAACGCUUGGGACCACUCAUGCAGUGGAAACUGGACAAGUGGAGACAGGAGCGUGAACGGAAGCUAAUGUCCGGCGAGCAGGACGUGGACAUGAACGCCAUUCGCGCAGCAGUGGAAAAGGAAUGA